AUGGCUUCACUAGUCCUCAACGAAGAUCCAUCACCACCGUCCAACAACUCAAAGUCGUUUCCUCAUGACCCCCUUUCAUCAUCUCCACCGCUCGUUGAAAUUCCGACCGACGAUACUGAUCCCCUACACCCGCCUCAUGACCCCCUUUCAUCAUCUCCACAGUUCGUUGAAAUUCUAACCGACGAUACUGAUCCCUUACAUCGGCCUUCAACGAAUCAAGUUCUUCCCAGUCACAGCUCCAUUAAUUCCAUCCUCGAACCCCCGUCUUAUGCUGACGCCAUCUUUCAAUCAUUUGACUCUGAUUAUGUUGCUUCUCCUGAAGUCAAUAGCCAAGAUCAGUCCUUGUCUGUAUUGCCACCAUUUUCGUCAGAUUAUAUUAAAAUCUGUGUUUCGGAUCCACAGAAGGAGCAUGAGCAAUCUGGGUCACUUGUGCCUGAAGGGAGCUAUUAUUUCACAUAUGUGAUUACCACUUUCACAAAUUUGCCUGAGUUCAAUGGGGCGGAGUUCAAUUUCGUUGAAAUUCUAACCGACGAUACUGAUCCCUUACAUCAGCCUUCAACGAAUCAAGUUCUUCCCAGUCACAGCUCCAUUAAUUCCAUCCUCGAACCCCCGUCUUAUGCUGACGCUAUCUUUCAAUCAUUUGACUCUGAUUAUGUUGCUUCUCCUGAAGUCAAUAGCCAAGAUCAGUCCUUGUCUGUAUUGCCGUCAUUUUCGUCAGAUUAUAUUAAAAUCUGUGUUUCGGAUCCACAGAAGGAGCAUGAGCAAUCUGGGUCACUUGUGCCUGAAGGGAGCUAUUAUUUCACAUAUGUGAUUACCACUUUCACAAAUUUGCCCGAGUUCAAUGGGGCGGAGUUCAAUGUUCGAAGAAGCAAGGCGAGAACAGUGGCCGCCUUGUGCGGUGCCGGAAGGGGAUGGUAG